GGUAAAGAGUCACCGGACAUGAAGUUAACGGUUGUAGUUUGACGAAUUCGCACAAAUACCGGACGUUUGUGUUCAGUUUCUUCAUUAUUCCUUGAAGCGAAUUGGCAAUUGUCAUUACGCGAAUUUUUAUUGUAUUGAGGGAUUUUAUCAGAACGGAAACGGACCGGACGUUUAACCUUUAAUCACGCAUCUUGGUUUUGAAACGCUCAGUAUUACAGGAGAGUUUUUCUUUAUUUUUUCAUCCUGCCUUUUCCUGAUAUUUCCCCUUCUUCCUAGGUGUUCUAUCACGAACCGAUUUUUUGGAAUUUCAUCUUUGCGACACUUUAUCAAUUCCUUGCACGAUGACCGUUGACAAGAAAACUAUGGACCCAAAAAGAGGUAGCAUCCAGACAUUCAUGGAUCCUUUUGGACAGGUUCAUGCACGUGCUGCAAUGCCUGCUUGUCUUACUGUGGCCGGCUCAGACUGUAGCGGUGGUGCAGGAGUUCAGGCUGAUUUGAAAGUCAUGACGGCCAAUUGCGUGUAUGGAAUGAGUGCCUUGACCAGUGUUGUUGCCGAAAACGCUGGCGGUGUGGACAUGGUCGAAUGCAUGACACCGAAAAUGGUUGCUUCUCAAAUUGACUGCUGUCUUAGAGACGUCCGCUGCACAGUCGCAAAGACAGGUAUGCUUCCAACAAGUGAGAUUGUGAAGACAGUCGCCAAAACACUUCCAAAAUAUGAAAUAGACCAGCUGGUUGUCGACCCCGUUAUGGUUGCAACUUCCGGUGACUCAUUGGUUUCGGACGAUGUUGCAAGGACCAUUGUGAAGGAGUUGUUGCCAAUCUCUACCAUUGUUACUCCCAAUCUUCCUGAGGCACUUGUUCUCAGCAAGUAUGGUAAGCAACCAUUCAAAAGUAUUUCUUCCGUCAAGGAGAUGGAAGAGUGCGCUAAAGUCAUUCACGAACUCGGCCCCAAGUAUGUGCUCCUGAAGGGCGGACACAUGACUGUCGACAAAGAUGGAAAUAAAACUAGCGAGGGCCGUCUGUACGUCAUGGAUGUGCUUUACGAUGGUCAAAAGUUUUAUCACUUCCAGUCCGAUUAUCUUGAAUUGGGAGAGGUUCAUGGUACGGGCUGCACUUUGGGCGCUACCAUCGCCUCGUAUCUCGCCUGGGGCUAUGAGAUGCCUUUUGCAUGCAAGUCUGCAAUUAAGUUUGUGCACGGAGCCAUUCGCUUGAGCCCUGCCAUCAACCGUUGCUCUACAGCCAUUCUUAACCACACGAAUCGCAUCAGAGUUCUCCCAUUUUCUCCUGGAAGCUUUGUGGAUUAUAUCUUGCAGCAUCCGCAAGUAGCUCCCAUCUGGAAAAAGUACAUUAACCACCCUUUCACAAACAUGUUGGCUAAGGGCACGCUUCCAUUAAAGGCCUACCAAGAAUACUUAAAGCAAGACUACAGAUACCUUAUUCAUUUCUCUCGUGCCUAUGCGCUUAAGGCGUUUAAGCAAAACACCUUCAAUUCCAUUCGGCGCAGUGCCGAAAGCGUGCUCCACAUUUUGCACGAAAAAAGCCUUCAUGUUUCAAUGUGUUCUGAGUAUGGUAUCACGUUGGAGGCUCUGAACGUGACAGAUGAAAGUCCAGCAUGCACGGCCUAUUCACGUUACAUUCUUGACGUGGGCAUGCAACAAGAUCCUUAUGCACUCACAUUUGCAAUGGCACCUUGUCUACUUGGUUACCGUGAAGUGGGUCUUCGAUUGGCUGCAGCGCCAUUCCAUAAGCCCAAUGGUCCUUACGAGCGUUGGAUCCAAACAUAUAUCGGGGAGGAAUACCACAACGCCGUCAUUGAGGGUAAAGCCGAUCUCGAAAGAAUUGCAGUUGAGUUGUCUCCUAAGCGCUUAGAAGAGGUUAUUGAAAUUUUCAUUCAAUGUUGCCGAUUCGAGAUUUUGUUCUGGGAGUCUCCCUUCCAAGAAUACGUUGUGAAAAACGGCUUGGCUGAUGGCUCUGAGCAAUACUUCAAUUAUGUUCCCGCCGUCCUUCCCGCUUAAAUGUGUGCGCAUGUUUUUUUUUGCUUUUUUUGUAGUUAUUGAUGACCCAAUUUCAUUAAAAUGAAUUUCAUUUUCAUCUAAGAGCACCAAUGCUGCCAAACUAUUACCGUUACCGAAAACAGCUAACCAUCAUCCGUCUGAAGAGCGGAAAUCUUUCUAAUACUUCAAUUGUCC